CGGAGGCGAGAGGAGAGAGAGAGAGUGGACGGACGGUCGCGCGGCGGCUCGCACCGUACUGUGACCGCAUGAAGGCUCGGCCCGAAACUGCUGUGUGUCGCGUCGAUAAAUAGUGAUAUUCACACGUACGUGUAUCUUCCACUGUGAUUUCUUUGAGUCGUGGUCCGAACGGGGAACCGCUAGCUCGUCACCAUGACAACGUUGUCGCUGAUUUUGAUGGCCGUGUCGGCUGCGUCUGUGCUGGCCGAGCCUGCUGUGUAUUUCCGAGAGCAGUUUGAGGAUGCUGAUGCCUGGAAGAGUCGCUGGGUGGAAUCCCAGCACAAGACCGACUACGGCAGGUUCGUCCUGUCUGCGGGGAAGUUUUACGGAGACGCGGAGAAAGACAAAGGUCUGCAGACGAGCCAGGAUGCUCGCUUUUAUGCCAUGUCAGCCCGUUUUGAUGACUUCAGUAACAAGGGCCAGCCUUUAGUCAUCCAGUUCACUGUAAAACACGAGCAGAGCAUUGACUGUGGCGGAGGCUACAUCAAACUGUUCCCCUCUGAAGUCAAACAGGAGGACAUGCACGGGGACUCCGUCUACAACAUCAUGUUUGGUCCUGAUAUUUGUGGACCAGGCACAAAGAAAGUUCAUGUUAUUUUCAACUACAAAGGCAAAAAUCAUUUGGUCAACAAAGACAUCAGGUGCAAGGACGAUGAGUACACCCACCUGUACACGCUGAUCGUCAACCCCGACAACACUUACGAGGUGAAAAUCGACAACAAGAAAGUCGAGUCAGGCAGUCUGGAAGAGGACUGGGACUUCCUGCCCCCCAAGAAGAUUAAAGAUCCCGAGGCCAAAAAGCCAGAAGACUGGGAUGACCGGGAGAAGAUUCCAGACCCUGAUGAUAAAAAACCAGAGGACUGGGACAAGCCUGAGAACAUCCCAGAUCCUGAUGCCAAGAAGCCCGAUGACUGGGACGAGGAGAUGGAUGGAGAGUGGGAGCCGCCCAUGGUUACCAACCCUGAUUAUAAGGGUGAGUGGAAGCCCAGUGAGAUUGAUAACCCUGCUUACAAAGGGAAGUGGGUCCACCCUGAGAUCGAUAACCCAGAGUACACCGCCGACCCUGAUAUCUACAAAUACGACAGCAUCGGUGUGAUCGGACUUGACUUGUGGCAGGUGAAGUCUGGGACUAUCUUUGACAACUUCCUGAUCACCAAUGAUCCCAAACUGGCCGAAGAGGUUGGCAACGAUACUUGGGGCAAAACUAAGGAGGCUGAGAGGAAGAUGAAGGAGAGCCAGGAAGAAGAGGAGCGGAAAAAACGUGAGGAGGAAGACAAGAAGAGGCGAGAAGAGGCAAAGGAGGACGAGGAGGAGGAAGAGGAGAAGGAAGAGGAGGAAGAAGAGGAGGAAGAGGAGGAAGAAGGUGAAGAGCCCGAGGAAGAGGAGGAGGAAGGGGAGGAGGAAGAGGAAGAUGAAGGCACAGACUCUAAACUCAAAGACGAGUUAUAAACUCAGGAACUGCUCAGACUGUCUGCGUCAGUGGGCUUUAGGGCGGAGACUGAAGUGACGGACCCCCGCUGACCGACACACUGGGGUGGGAGGGGCUUUUUCAUUUUGUUUGUUUACAAAACAAGGAGACGGGUGGAAAAAAAGGGCAGUUACUGAUUUGUUUUUUGUUUCAAUGAGCCACUACAAUUAUUAAUGUAAUUAUUCCUGUUAAAAUUUGGACAAUAGACAUAAUUAAUCUACUGAAAGGAACGUGGAGAAAGACUGCAGGGUCGUGUUUUACAGAAGUCUAGGUUUACAUGAAGCGGUGGCAGGAGGAGUGUGUAGUUUGUGUGUGGCUGGUGCCAUGAAAAUGUUUUGUUUACCUCAUGAGAUUUGUUUGUUGUUUUUAAUUUGCAUCUGUUGUUUUGUUGAUGUAAAUGUUUGACGCUAAUUCCUGUUCAUCUUAAUGGAUUAAACCUCCUCAUCCAGGUGAUUCACUUUGUAUCUCCUGUUUAAACAACAAGGAACAAAAUAGGACUUUAUAUUUGACAGUUUUCAAAGGAUUAAAACAGCAGGGCGCUUUAGUAGUUUUCUACGGUGUAACGAACACUUUUCAUUUCAGUGCACAAAUUUGCUGAAAAUAAGCUCAAAAGUUCGAUGUACAUCCAGCAGGAAGUCCCUUCAACAUCUGGUACGUUCACUUAACAGUUUUCUCAUUGUUGGUGUAUUUUUUUCCUCUCAAUUGUUUCUGCACUAUUGUACCCCAACACACAGUCUAAUUAAUGUUUCUUUUGUAAAACACGUUUUGUACUAAUGUUAGGAAUUGAAGUGGGGCAAUUUUCAUGUUGCUGUGUGAUGAAGAAAUUCAAUAAAAGCAACUCGAACAACA